AUCGACUUGGUCAUCAAUAAUCGUCUGAAUACCUCCAGGUCCACAGACACCUAGGCACAAAUGUGCAGAUAGAUACAGUUAGUUGAAACCCAUGCCAGCAUGAUGACUUGCACUGGAGACCAUGUAUCGAGCAGUAAUUGGAUCAGAGCUAUGACAACGUGCUUCGAAUUAAGCUCAGUGAUGCUAUUCAGCUUGGUACAUCUGAGUCCGUCGAAUCGGACUUAGCGAGGUGUCUCUCUCCCUUACAUGAUCGAGGGAAAGGGUAAUAAAGAUUAGAGGAGAUCUUGAUCUUUUAUAUCCGUAUAUGUGAUGGGCUGAGGUCUGAUGAAUUACAAGCGUACCGUAUAAACUCGGGACAUUGGGAAAUUUGAUUCUGGCAGCCAAGCCCACCAUAACCCAUAACCCUCUGAACCUAUUUGACACCCUUAGGGUUAUGGCUGAGAUCCAGCUGUGCCCUGGUCUGUCCACUGCAACAGUGGGUUUCCUGCAAAGGCUUCAAUUGGUGGGCGUCAAACGGGUUCAGAGGCAAUUGGGUACGGAGGUUGGGGCCAAAAGUUAUCAUCACUCCAAGAUAGCCAAGACUGCCAAGGCCCGGAUACAGCAUAGUACGCAUCUCCCUGCGCUGGAGUGCUUCAUGGGCGGUGCCCAAUCAGCGAAGAGGGAGAGAAACCGCUAUGCCCAAAUUAAAUACAGUGGUACGGAUCCUGAUUGGCCACUUCAAAAACUCCAACGAGGAGGUAGCCCGACCAGCGACAGCGCCACGGCGAGCAUGACUGAUAACUCGGCGUCGAGCGCUACCAAGACGGCAGCCGCCGCUCCCAAUGGCGUGGACGGGCCCGCUUCGGCCGCGGCGAACGGUGGUGGCAUCCCCUAUUACGAGAAGCAGCGGGAUCACUUGAAGGAGCUGAUUGCAAAGAAGAGGAUGCUUGACAAGAGGCUGGCUGCGACAGAAGAACUCAUUGCACAAAAAGAGGCCGAGUACCUCGAGAACACGCCCGCGGGGAACAUCAUUAUCGGCUUCGACAACUACACCAAGGGCACAAGCACGGCGGCCGCGCAGCGCCGCAAGACGGGCCUGACCGACUCGUACAGAGUGUUUUCCAAGAGCUCCGUGUCGUAUAAUGCUGCGGCGGCAGCAGACGCGCAAACACCCGCUUCGACGCCCGCCUCGCACGCACCCACGCCGGUGUCGACCAGCUUUGGGAAUAACAGAGACGGCGGCGGCGGCGCCGGAGGGGCAGCGUCUAGCGCGCCAACACCUACAAGUGCCACUGGGGGUGGGAGGCAGACGGGGAAAAAGAGCAAGAAGAGUGCCGCGGCGGCGGCGGCUGCUGCUGCUGCUAGUGGAGUGGAGGAUAGUGAGACGGACUCGAGAGAGACGAAGAAGAUUAGGACUAGUUUUGGGGCGGUGAGGAGGUAG